AUGGUCAAUUCUUGUGGUUCUGUCUGCUCUGAGCAGAGCUGUGGCCAAGACUUCCGCCAGGAAGAGUCCUGCUGCCAGCCCAGCUGCUGCAUCUCCAGCUGCUGCAGGCCUCAGUGCUGCCGCCCUACCUGCUGUAUCUCCAGCUGCUGCAGGCCCACCUGUUGCAGGCCCCACUGCUGCAGACCCACCUGCUGCAGGCCCCAGUACUGCCAGUCUGUGUGCUGCCAGCCCACCUGCUGCCGCCCCAGCUGCUGCAGACCCACCUGCUGCAUCUCCAGCUGCUGCCGCCCCUCCUGCAGUAGCUCCAGCUGCUGUGGCUCCAGCUGCUGCCGCCCCAGCUGCUGCCCUGGCUGCUGCCUGCGUCCAGUCUGUGGCCAAGUCUCCUGCCACACCAGUUGCUAUCGCCCAACCUGUGUGAUCUCCACCUGUCCCCGCCCCAUGUGCUGUGCCACGCCUUGCUGCUGCUCCUAA